UGUGGUCUUCAACAAAGCUUGAUUGAGAGAUCACAUCACCGCUGAAGAUUGUGGCAGGACGGUGCGUCUAAUUUGCUAUUUUACCGAACCUUACAAAACGUGUUUCUGCUCGGUUUGUGGCUGGAUAGUUCUUAUGAGAUCGAGCCGAGCCGGCUGGUUGUUCAAUAACAGGCUGAAAGGAUCUCUUCCAGUAAAUGCAGGCAUGAGGAUUGCACAUCUUUCUCUUGAAAUGCAUCAGUUCCGCUGGGCUGCCUCGUGACUCCAGCAGCGACCGAGAGGAGGAGGAGGAGGACCGCGGUGCAGACAGUGUAUGAUCCGGGCCCGUCACCUCCUGUCCGCUCCUCUGAAGCGCUUAUGCACGUCUGGAUCAGGGGGAGCAGAGGCAGCUGCACGGGGAGGCGCUGAAAUGAGAUGAGGCUCAGACAUGGAACUGUUGCCACUGCGAUUGUUUUCUUCACGUCGUUUCUCAGUCUGUCCUGGUACACGGCUUGGCAAAAUGGCAAAGAAAAGUUGGUAGCCUAUCAGAGGGAGUUUCAUGCCCUGAGGGAGCGUCUGCGCGUGGCAGAGCACCGAACUCUUCAGCGCUCCUCUGAGCUCAACGCCAUCCUUGAGCAGUUCAGACGUGCCAUCGCAGAGACCAACGGCAGCAAAGAUGCUCUCUCCAACUUCUCAGAUGAGACGCAGAAGUUGUUGAAGGAGUUGGCUCACAGGAAGCCCCUCCAGGUGCCAAAUAUCUACCACCACCUGCCUCACUUGCUCAACAAUGAAGGCAGUCUGCACCCUGCCGUACAGGUGGGCCAGGGACGUACCGGAGUUUCCAUGGUGAUGGGCAUCCCCACGGUUAAGCGGAAAGUAAAGUCAUACCUGUCAGAGACACUUCAUUCGCUCAUCGAUAAACUCUCAGCGGAGGAGAAGCUCGACUGCGUCAUCAUAGUGUUUGUGGGAGAGACGGACGUAGAUUACGUAAACAGCGUGGUUGCAGGCCUUGAAAAAGAGUUUUACACAGAACUGAAUUCUGGGUUACUGGAGGUCAUAUCGCCCCCUGCCAGCUACUAUCCAGACUUCAGCAACUUAAAAGAGACCUUUGGUGACUCAAAAGAGAGGGUGAAAUGGAGGACCAAGCAGAAUUUGGACUAUUCCUUUCUAAUGAUGUAUGCCGUCAACAAAGGGGUCUAUUAUGUCCAGUUAGAGGAUGACAUCGUCGCUAAGCCCAACUAUUUUGCCACCAUGAAAAACUUUGCCCUUCAACUCGCCACUGAGGACUGGAUGAUCCUUGAGUUUUCACAGCUGGGCUUCAUUGGUAAAAUGUUCCAAGCCCCGGAUCUAAAUCUCAUUGUGGAGUUUAUCUUCAUGUUUUAUAAGGAGAAGCCCAUCGAUUGGCUGCUAGAUCACAUACUCUGGGUCAAAGUAUGCAACCCAGAGAAAGAUGCCAAACACUGUGAGAGACAGAAGUCGAGUCUGCGCAUUCGUUUCAGGCCCUCUUUGUUUCAGCAUGUAGGCCUGCACUCCUCCCUUGCUGGGAAAAUCCAGAAACUCACGGAUAAAGACUUCCUGAAACCUCUACUGCAUAAGAUUCAUGUGAACCCACCGGCGGAGGUGUCCACCUCUCUUAAAGUGUAUCAAGGCCACACGCUUGAGAAGACCUACAUGGGCGAGGAUUUCUUCUGGGCAAUUACUCCAAUGGCUGGAGACUAUGUCUUGUUCAAGUUUGAUCGGCCUGUCAACAUAGAAAGGUUCCUUUUUCGCAGUGGAAACCAGGAGCACCCAGGAGACAAAAUUGAGAACACUACUGUCGAGAUCCUGCCCUUUUCGGACGCUGAAUUGAAGACCAAAGAGAAAUACAAACGAACAGAGGAUCGGUUCUAUAAACUUGCUCAGUUUGAGAAAGGAGUGGCAGAGGGGACGGUUGAGCCUGCCUUUAACCCUGUGGUGGCUGUACGUCUGACGGUUCAGAAGGACUCCGCCGUGUGGGCGAUUAUUAGCGAGAUCCAUAUCAAAAGGAUACCUGGAUAACUACCUGAAUGUCUCCAGUGGUUUGAGGCCCUUUGGUCAUCUCGACAGGGACGUGCUACUCGCAUCUACAGCGCUUCAAGUGUGACAGUGACAUUAUCAGAGGAACCCUCGCUUUAUGUUCUUUACCUCUUAAACUUGAUUUUUUUUCCUUACUUUUUUGUUAUUUCGUCUUCCUCUGGUAGCUUCGUCUGUCUUCUCUUCUACUUGGCUUUCCCUUCUGUCGUCAGACUUUGUUUUUCCUUUUCCUUUUCCCUGAAUUCUGUUUUGUGAAUGUGACUACUACUGUACAGAAAAAGACACUUUUGACGGAAUGUUUCCAGACACUAAAUUUGUGUCAUGAAGAAUUGCAAUCAUUGCUGUCAUGAAGGUUUGAAGUUCAGGAUUCAAGACUACAUCAAUGCUGGAGAAUAAGUUGACGUCCCCUACUGAUGAAGAAUGUCCUCAGCAAUCUGCCGUCACGGACUGUAACUGACCUCAAACCCUGGGUCAGGUGACCACGGCUGGAUUUCGGCUGAGAUAUGAACGAGUAGGAUGACAGAAAUGUCAAAAUAGUUUUUAUUUCAAAGUUUGUUUGGUUUUUUUUGGUUUUAGGUUGUUGAUGUUGGCACUCUGGUAAGAACUUUUUGAAAAAAGAGUUUUUUAUUUUAUCGACUACUUUGCCAAAAUUUAGAAACAUAUUUCUUAAAAUGAACAGCAUAUCUUAGGCCUCUACCUGGUCAACAGGAGUGGAUUUUCCUCUUUGUCAGUUUCUUGUCAACCAGUCAAUCAUGGAUUUCAAUCUAAAGGUUUUUAAUUGCUGUUGUUAUUAUUAUUAUUAUUAUGACGAUCUAUGAAGGUGAAUUAAUUUAUUUGAAAUAAAUCUUUUAAUUUGUACAAGAAGUAAAUGCUUUUAUAUUCAUUGGAAAUUUAUAACAUGGCAGAGAAUUUAUUGUGGCUUGAAGUCGAGUGAAGAUGGUUGAUGUUUGUAUCUUUGUGUAGUUCAGAGGGGUGCAGGGCCGCCCACCUCUGUGCCUUAACAUCCAGCGUCCCUAGGGGCCCUGGUAAAGGACUGCCUUGCGCCCUGCCAAAACGCUUAAAUCAUACAAUUGGACAAUUUGUUAUAUGCUUGAUUUAAGUGGGAUGUUUAAGUUUAGAGCAUGACAUGUCCAUAUGUUGCAGAAUCUUUCAUAUUUUCCUUUGUUCAUUGAGCAUUUUCCAUCUCAAAUAAUCUGCUUUCAUCAUGUCAGUCAGAAAAUGUUCCUCUUUCUAUGCUGUAUCACAAGUAUCUGAAUGUUCAGUGAGUCAUGAUUAAGUCCAGAUGGAAUCUGCAGAUUUUUUUUCUGUGUGGUAAAAUAUGAUUAAUGAAGCUGAGAGGAUAUCGGUAGCUGAAAGCACAAUAUACGGAGCCCCUAAAGGGGCAUGGUGAUGUGGAAAAUUAGAUUGUAUUUCAAAGCAUCGAAAAACUGUUUCAAUACAUCGAUUCUCAAUUCGCGAUACAAAGAAUCUGGAUCGAUUCUGAUAUUUUUCAAUGUAUCGUGAUCCUCUUUCGAUUUGAUUCUGAUCUUAGUUUUAACAGCAGAUGGCACAAUGUGCUUUAGAAACACCCAUACCCAUGCUUGCUUCCAGUUCCCCUACACACACCACUUAAACCUAAAAUAAUCAUUCAUAAAGUUCGAAAAGGUUGAAGCGAAUUACUAGGGUGUUCGCAGUGGGCUGUGUUUACAUUAAUCUUGCGUCAUAAAGGCAUUCUGAGCCGAGGUGCAAGAAUAUUUAACCACUUACAUGAAUCAUCCGAACGCACAAGCGCUCUCCAGUACUCUUCUUCGUGAGCAUUUUAGUGUGGGGUUAAAAACUAGCCUAGAGUGCCAUCUGCUGUUAAAAACUAAGCUCAGAAUCGAUUGUAUCGAGAAACGAGAAUCGAUGUAUUUGCCCAGCCCUAAAAACUAUAUUUCAAUGCUUAUGCGAGUUUCUCGGGGAACGCAAUACUUUUGCGAGAGAACGCAAAUAUAUAUAUUUCAGUGCUUUUUUCAAGCAAAUGAAAAGUUUAUCAGGGGAGCUCAAUAAUUUUGCGAGUGAAUGCAACGUUUAGCAGGGGAACGCAAACAUUUGUGAUUUGAAAUAUGAGGUGGGAGAAAAAAAAAACUAUAAUUCCAUGCUUUUGCGAGCAAAUGCAAAGUUUCUCAGGAGAACGCAAUACUUUCGUGAGAGAUUGCAAAAGUUUGCCAGCCAAUGCAAAGUGUCUCGGGGAACGCAAUACUUUCAAACGAAGAAAUGCAAAAGCAUUGAGACAUAAUUUUCCCUCCCGUCUCAUAUUUUUCCCAUCACCAUGUCCACUUAAGGGCUCCGUAACAAUCAAUUAAGCCACAAUAUGUAAAAACGUGUAGAACUUUAUGCAUGACGGCGUUCAAAGCUUUCUAUGGAGUUCUGCGGGUGCGGAUUCGGUGUGGGCCUGGUCUGAAGCAAAAUAUUACCAGAACCAUAAUGGAAAUAGAAUGGAACGGCAACAUUGCAGUAGUAUUGAGUGUACUGCUUUGAACACCUGAAUUUAUUACACAUUUAUUACAUUGUAAACCUAUGGUUCUUAUUUAUUUUGCUUGUAGCUCCUGGCAUAGAGACUUGAUGGUGAGGUAACUGCUGUAUAGAUUUCCAAAGUGCUCUCAUCUCAUGUGAUUGUAUAUAUCUUUAAAAAAAGUUUUGGUUCAGCCUGACAUAAUGUGUCAUUGUAUAAUCCUUGAUGCUUCAAAUUUCAGAGCAUAUCCUUUUUAGUUACAUAUGCCCUCAUUUUUGUGACUACUUGGAGCUGCAUGUGAAUUGCAGUACUUGAGAAAUGUGUGUUUUGUAAUAGAAAGCCAAUGUACUGUCAUAGCAUUUGUUUACAGUUUGUUUAUGAUCUCUCCUGAGAGGAGAGACUGAGGUGAAUCCUUGGUCUGAUGUAGAGCACUGUAUCAUCCGUCUACUUUACAUGCUCAUGUGACGUGAAUUCUAGGGAAUUGACAAGUGAAAACACAAUGGAGUGAUUUUCAGUGUUUCGCCAUAUUGCUGCCUUUUUUAUUGCUGCAGAUUUGCGCUCAGUGAUCUGUUUCCACCACUGUUUUAGCACUGAAAGAUGGAUUUAUAUCUGUUGCCCUCUAUUAAACUCUCAUGAGGCAUUUCCCUUUUGGGAUCUGGGAUGUCCAUCUUGAAAUCCACCCUUCUGUCUUACAUUGAGAUGAAUCAGACAUGAAACAUGCUCCUCUUGUGUGGUGCAUUGUAGACUUCAUGUGCCUUCAUCUGUCUUUCUCCAGCUCUGACAUUGAUUUGAAUAAACUCUUCCGAAAUUAA